AUGCAAACUCUGCAACUAAACCAAACUCAAUUGCUAGCCACUGAAGGGGAGGUCGUCCAAGUCACCCUACUUUUACAACGAACAGAUGAGGCAGCAAGGCAUACACAAGAAUAUGCAGAUAACGUUGACCUUCAAAAAGAAAUUAUGUCUGUCGUUGUUAGUUGCAUCCUCUUGAAACUGAAGGAUCAGAUGAUUAUUGGUACAGGCUAUAGGCUGCAAUGCACACGUCGUCUUUGGGAUCUCGGGCGGCGCUACGUAUUUAAAAAACGAAACGAACAGCUCAUUCCACACCCGUACAAGUAUAUGUUUGUUUUAGAGAUAAUACCGGAAG